UGAAGCCACUUACCCGUUAUCCCACUCCAAACACACACAAACACAUCAUAAAACAAGCAAAAUAUCGUAAUCUACAGCCACAUUUCUAAAAAUGUACAAUAUCACUCGAAUGCGAGAAGGAUAGUCUUGUGAUCUAGCAAUGUAGUGUCGGAACAACACAUUGCCAUCAGUGAGUGUGUUUGUGCGCGCGUCAGGCAGCUGAGCAGUACACGCACCCCUGCUAGGAGGAGUCAGUAAACGAUUUGAUUAUCCGCCUCGCUCAACUCUGUGCGCUCAGUGGUUUACGGGGACCGAUUUGAAGGGUUGACAAGGAGAAUCGCUUCCCCGUUACCCUGUCCCUCUUCACCGGGUAGCCUAGAAGCAUAGUAUCCUAUCCCUGUCCCUCCGCUCGUUCCACGUUGAACAGAAUGGCCAGAGACGCAUAGAGAACUGUCUGGAUUUUGAAGGUGAAGGACUUUGUAUUUACAUAAAGUUCUGUAGGCUAUAAGUACUGCGUAUUUGAUCGCGAGGAUGGCUGCGAAUAUGGAAUUAAUCGAAAGGACAGUAAGGUCCGAUAUCAGAGUGAAAGUUUGCACAGCACUCCCUCUGAGAUGGAGACGCGAAUAACAUAAUAAUUUAUUCACUUUUUCUCAUAACGGAGCGGCCUUUUGGAUUUAUUGUCUGCAGCUAUUACGCGGCGCCGGACACCUGCACCCGACUUGGCCGAGACGGCUUCUACGCGGCUCUCCGCUCAAUAACAAAUUGCUCAGAAGCGCUUCUUGAACUGAAUCGAUAAUUUCUACUCGUAUCUGAACUGUUGUCAAUGGUAGGCUACUUCCACACAGGCAGUUCAUUUGUUGCGCUUUGUUGUGCAGUUCUGUAAAUCACUGAAUGCGACGGAUAGGCGACAGUGGACAUCCGAUAAUAAAUUGAUACUUGAUGUGUCUUCAUGGGCAUUUGAAUAGUGUCAGCAUCAACUGAAAAGUAACAAAGCUCAACUAAGCUUUAUAAAUGUCUUCCUCAGUCAUCUCUUCAUAUCGCUUCUCUGUCCAGUAUUCACUGCCUGAAUUGUAAUCGCUAAAACAGGAGAGAACUGUGCCUCCACCUCGCCCCUGUCCAAAUUCAAAGCCAGUGUAAUAUUCUUUACAGCACUGACUCACAAUGGGCACAGUACUAUCCCUUUCCCCUGCAUUCAGGAAGAACAGCUACUAUGACACGCGGCCUGGCUCACUCAACCACUACCCGAGCCUGAGCAGCCGUUCGCUCAACACUCAGAAAGACCGCGCCAGUGGCCUGAAACGGGGACAGUCAAUCUUUCUCCCAGCCCUCACCUGGAAACGCCUUGUCGCCUCCACCAAGAAACGAGGGGGCUCUAAGAAAUGUCCUGGGGGUCCGGGGUCACUUGGAGACCCCCUCAACAACAACAACAUCUACCAGAAGGAUCCGGUGUUGCACCUCAACCGCGAGAAUGUCAAGAAGUCUCUGUCGUGUGCCAACCUCUCAAGCUACGACGGGCCAACGGGACUGGGUCUGGGGAUAGGCUUCGGCCAGGGGCACUACAGCUAUGGCAUGGGCAUGAAGCCCCAGCAGCUGUCCUCUGUCAAGAAGGUGCCCCACCAAGGAACGGCCGCCUCAUCCCCCAAGCGCAUCAUUGUCCAGGCGUCCACCAGUGAACUUCUCCGGUGCCUGGGUGAGUUCCUGUGUGGCCGCUGCUACCGGCUGAAGCACCUCUCCCCUGCGGACCCGGUGCUGUGGCUGCGGGCGGUGGACCGCUCUCUGCUCCUCCAGGGCUGGCAGGAUCAGGCCUUCGUGACUCCGGCCAACGUGGUGUUUGUCUACAUGCUGUGUCGUGAUGUGGUGGAUGGAGACCUGGUGGCGUCAGAGCACGAGCUUCAGGCCACACUACUCACCUGUCUCUACCUGUCCUAUUCCUACAUGGGCAAUGAGAUAUCCUACCCACUGAAACCUUUUCUGGUGGAGGCUGGCAAGGAGGCCUUCUGGGACCGCUGCCUAGCCAUCAUUGACGCCACCAGCGCCAAGAUGUUGCGCAUCAACGCCGACCCGCACUUCUUCACCCAGGUGUUCGCUGAGCUGAAGAGUGAAGGGGGCUGCAGCCCACAGGACUACAGCCGCGUGCUGGACCGGUGAGAGGAGGGGUAGUGGGGUACAACCCCCCCCCCCAAUCCCCAUCCCCCUGUCCUUUCCCCCCACCUCUCUGCCAAACAUUUCCCACCCGCUCCAGCCACCUACCUCCAAGAAUGUAACACAGGGAUAAGGGACUGCCCCCCCCUCCACCCCCCCCGUCUAAUGGUACAUCCCGAGAUCCUGCCAUUAACCAUCAGUGAGCCAUCCACAUUAAGACAAUGGGGAAACUUGUCCCCCUAAGACUAGAUCAGAAAUUUGCAUGUGUCAUCAAUAGGGUUGAGUGCUUAUGUUGUUAGCACAAGCCCUUUUGUGUUAUGUAAUACUCACCUGAUUUUACUUGAAUGGUGGAACCAUUUGUUCCACCUGUCCUUCGUGACCCCAUUCUCACCUCUUGUGUCUCAGUGAGCUGGGGGAACAGAAACAGAAACAGUCAUCUCAGCUGUUCCCCCCUCCAGUCUCUCCCCACUCUCCUCCCUUCCCUCUCCCCACUCUCCCCUCUUUCUCCCCUCUCCA